GAGAUAUAACCGAGAUACCAAGGCAGGACAUCUUCGUCAAAGGAAGGAAAGAGCGGAGCAGGAAAGGAGGAAGAGAGGAGUGAGCGUUCCACAGAGUUCAGUUUCACACAGAGCCAGUGGAGAUUCUACAGGAGGAAAGGUGGUGUUUGAGGGAAACGGACAACCAACUUUAUUACUCUCCAAAAACUAUACUUUCAAACUUGAAAGACUGAUGAACGGCAAGAUGAGUCUUUCCCGUAACGGUACCUUGGAGAAACCCGUGUCCCUGCAGACCGCCACGGACCGAGGGGAGCUCGAUUCCCCUCACCCGCGCCUCCAUCACACCGGCUCCAUCUCCUCCAGUACUCCAGCAAACGUGUCCAGCUCAUGUGUGGUGGUUCCUCCUCCGUACUCGAUAGCAGGCAGUGCGCUGAACGAGUCUCCUCUGGAGCUGAGGGGCUCUCUGGACUGUUGGGCCUGUUCUGUUCUGGUAACAGCACAGAAUCUGAUCAUCGCCGCGCUCAAUGUGGGUCUGGCUGCGUUUAUCUUCGGCCUCAUUCUCUUGCCUUCGCUCGUCAUGGUCGCUUUUGGCUUCCUCUGCCAUUCAACGGUUCAGCGCCAUGGUACUUCCGUCUACUGUUCAGAUCUCUUGGAUGAUGGAGGCUGUGUGGCUUUACUGGUGGUUGGGUUCCUGCUGCUGGCUCCGCUCCUGGUUCUGGCUCUGGCCGCUUACUGCAGGAUGGCACGCCACCUCCAGCUGGGCCUGUGUUUCAUCCCCUACAGCCGUGCCGUCUACAAGAACCUGCCUGCAUCACGGCAUCGAGGCCUGGGGGGCUGCUGUGGCCAGCAGGGGGCAGGAGAGAGCGAGGGAAAGGGUAGCGUGUGGGUUUGAGCAGCCUAAAAAAAAAAGAGCAUGGUGAACUUUAUGUGAAUAGCCAUAGCAAUAGGUCACAUACAAAGAACCAAAGAGUGCUGAUAUGUCAAUGCAAGCAGUGCCAUGUUCUCAGCAGUUUUACAAAUUGUGCAUUUAUUCAACAUCAGAUUUUUUUUUUAUCCAUGCUUUUGCAGUGAUGUUUUUUUAGUCCUUUUUAACUGGAUCAACCUAUAGACCUUAGUCGGGGUAGCACCAUAUUUCAUUUUUGUCUGGAAUGAAAACAAGGCUACGAGGGAUAGAAGUUCUUUGCUGUGGAACAGGGUUCUUUAGACUAUUAAAAUGUUCUUCACGCUAAGAAAAAAUGGUCCGUUUAAGAACUGUUCACUUAAAGGUUCUUUGGGCAACCGAAAUUGGGCAUCGCUGUGAAAACCCCCUUUUGGAACCUUUAUUAGGAUCUUUAUACAGUGCGGGCCAUUGUAAAGAUGGUAAGUCUAUCCCUCAAAGCCUCGUUUUCAUACAUGAUGAAUUCAAUAUGGUUUCUAACCUAAGGUCUGUAAGAUGGUGAAAAAGGGUGGAACUAUUUUUAAAAAUGAAAUACCUAUUGUAAUGUUGUUCCUUUGUAAAAAUAUGUUUGCAUUUUUAGUAUCUUAGUGAUUUUUGUACAUUUAUCAUAAGAAACUAUUUGUAAAAAUUUUCUUAUUUGUACAAACACCUCUUACUAAUAAAAUAAAUCAAACAUUC